AUGUCUGACUCUACCAGCAAAAAAGAUCGUUCAGGUCUACAACUCAAUACUCAAUCACCCAAUACUACACCUUCAGUUGCCAGUGCGGGAUCGAGAUUCUUGUCAAGGAGAGUAUGGGGUCGAGCAAGUGCUACUACCAAAACUUCAACUGGUCAAGAUGAAUUACCUACUUUAUCAAAUACGACCACAUCGGUCAACCAUCCAUUGCGCAAAGAUUCGACAGAAGAGGUACCUAAAAAUCCCAAUCAGAAUUUCCAUCUGGAAGAAGCUAUUGAACUGAUGAACCCCACUCCCCCUCCUUCUUCUGAAAAUGGCAAUAACACCAUCUCAUCGCCUGAAUUGAUCGAAUUGAUCAAAGCUACGUCUGUUUAUAUCAAUAAUCUACAGCUAGAUAAUAACAAAGAUAAUACCGAUCCAUUCAAUACCAGCGCUUCCUCUACAUCUUUGACAUCUACAGCAACAGUCACCCAAGCAGCUGAAAAUGAAAUCAACGACAAUAAGUCGGCAUCCGUCGCCAUCUCCUCAGACAACGUCAAGACAAUCUACUCAAGAGCUAUAUCUUUUUCAGAUAGACGCAACGAUCCUUCGUUGAGAACAGCAGGAAUAAGGUUGUUGACGUCCAUCAUAACCUAUUGCCCCCCGCCAAGGUACUUCUCGGAACAGUCAACAGUGCAGUUACCGGAUACUAUAACUGUUAGAACGAUGUAUAAUCUGGUUUUGGGGUCUGGUCCAGGUUCCAGUGAAUCAUCGACUGAAGCCAAAGUAGACCUAAUAGGAGCUCAGGUGGUAGCCUUGAAAGUUUUGAGUAAAAAUGGUGCAGAUGUUGAAGGUCUUACUGGGUUGAUAGGAUGGCUGGUGAGGAUGCUGGAGGAGAUCAAGGAAGACUGGUCAAGAUGGUGCGAGAUGAAACCCAAUGGCGGGAACGAAAUCAUAAAUAGGCCAACUAAACUAAAACCUUUCGAUCCGAUCAUCCCUUAUUCACCCUUAGAGACUGCUGCCUCUGUCAUCGAUCUCAUCAAUCUAGUCUCUUACAACUUCAUCGACCUUUUCGACCCGAAUAAAGACAUAGCUCGUAUCAUUCAACCUAUAUUUUCAUUCAUCAGCAAAGGUAUACUCGCCUAUACCCCUCCCAACGAUUUGGCAGGACUCAACAUAUCUCAAGGUCAUGUACCAGCUCCAAAUCCAUCAAGAAGGGAAUCGCUCAGCUCUCUAGCAUUCAGCUCCCCUAUGCCUCCACACCAUCCCAGCCCGUCUUUGGAGUCAAGCCUCCGAAGAUCAGCUUCCAUAACGAGGCGGAAAGAUCAUAAUAUGCCUUCAGCAUUCAGCACGCCCUCCUCAUCACGUUUUGCCCGUCAUUCCACCUUGACAUCCCCCCAAUCAUUGACCUCUGCUUCAGUCCUCCAAUCACCGUCACCUCAAUUUGCUUCUUUGCCAAUGCCCAAAUGGUUGUACCUUCUUCCCUCGGCAUGUGCAUUAUUGGAACUCUUCAUCGAUCAGACUGUCUUGCCUCAAGAUCUGUUCAUCGAUGUCAUGAGAUUCGCUUGUAUAUGCGUAGCAUAUGACGAUGAAUCUGGUCUGCCGACGGAUGUAGGUCAGGUACCUGUGCAUAAAUUGCUGGCUGUCAUGUUUAGGUCGAACAACGGAAGAAGGGGUGAACUAGCUCUAAGGAUCAUAAUGGAAGAAGGGGCCAGCGAAUCUUUCAAAAUAACCUACGACGGACUAACAGACGCGGAUGCUAGAGUUGUUCAAGGUGCGGUCUACAUAGCUAGAAGCUUACUGUUGAAUCUGGAUGAUCCUUCACCUAAUCCCGCUACAUUACCCUCCGCAUCACUUUCGUCGCUAUCACCCUCUCUCAUGACUGCCUUGUCGACCUCGAGGUUUACGAAGCCCGAAGAUCAACAGGAACGAGCCAGGUGGGAGUCAGUUGAUUAUGCUGUCCUCACUCUUCUCCAGGAUCACCUACAUCGACUUGAACAGGGGUCAGGUAAAGAUGUGAUCAAAGCAGAUAUAUGGACAGAAGGCCAGGCCGCCUGUGAUAUACUCAGAGCUUUAUGGCCAGUCGCGGUACCUUCUCGUGCGUCUGGCUUGUCUUUAUACGUUGCCGAAGAACCAUCAACAUUCGCUGCAAUUUUCGAUGCCGUCAUUCACCAAUUACCCACUGCUAUCGAGAAGCUACAUCCGUCAGGAACCGCCGCUUCUCCCUUUUUCCAUCCAAAAUACAUUGAGUUACUGUUUAGCUAUGGCGAUCAGCUUUCCGAAGAAGAUGCUGCCGUCAUACUGGAUUAUUACGGCAACGAAGGGCUAUGUCUGCCCAUGACAGCAGGAUGGAUAGAAAAUAUAUGGAAGUUGAUCAAUACAUUCUACGAGUCGACGUUGAACCUGGCUUCGGCCAAGCGUAAACUUGCUAUGAUCAUAUUCCGCGAUCUAUAUACCUCUACCGAAGAGAUGUCUGCCCCAAGAAGUGAAUUCGUUGAUAAAGUCAUAGUCCCUUUCCUGGACAAGGUGUUAUUGAAACAGACAGAAGAUUGGUUCCGACAAGAAGCUUUAUCUGUGAUGAUACGUGCUGCAGUGGCCGAGACGAUGGAAAAAGAUGAAGAAAGGCGUAAAGCAAGAGCCGAAAAGAAUAUGGAUGAGGUGGAGGAAGAAGAUGCAUCUGCCUUACCAAGUCAGGAAGUGAAAGAAGCUGCUGCAGGAGGAAGUUUCCAUGCUAUCAGGAAUCUCAUCAUUGCUCUCGCGUCGACCGCUUGGUGUAAAGAUGACGACCACCCCGCUCACCGCACGGCAUCGGAAAGGAGACGACCUGCACAUCAGUUACCGAGAGAAUCAAACGCUGCAACCCCGUCUGCCACCAGCUCGUCAGCUUUGAAAGGGUUGAUGAAUGUUCUCUCGCCCCCGACAAGAACGAAGGACCUGCCUUCAGUCGCACCAUCUUUGGCCAGUACGGAUGAUACCACAUCUUCAACACCUCGACAACAACCCGUAAAUCACCGCGUGACACAUAUGGACUGUCAGUCACUGCACGCCGUCUCCGCUCUUAUUAAGAUUUUCAACGAUCUUACCUUUUCCCCACCACACUCGCUCUCUUCAUCCAUCAAAGCAGCACGUACACCUGCUUCCGCUCGGUGUAUCGCCAUCUACCGAGAUCUUCUAGGUCUAUUGUACCCUUUCACUGAUCAUCAGCCCGGUAAUCAAACACCUACUUCUCGCAUCGCAGCCGUUCCUGCUCGGUGUCCAAGAGCAAGGAUAGCCAUCUUGCAAUGGCUGCUUAGGCUACGAGCAGAUCCCAAGCAUCGAAUCUAUCUACGUACAAACCUCGACGUUGACUGCAGAUCGUAUGCGGACACCUUAUUCCGAACUUCUGAGGCUGUUGAAGCACAGCGGUCUAAGCUCAUCGCUGAUGCGGAGGAAUCUCGAGCGAGGACUGAGAGAAGGCAGCUUAAUCAACAAAGUCAACAGUCCUUGUCAAAUGCUAGGGAAUCUCUACGGGACAGAACGUCGACCUCGACUAGAAGCAGGAGCAGAUCCAGACCGCCAACCGACCAUUCUCCACAAUAUUCCGCGGACACCUCUGGUUUCGCUCCCUUAUGGUGUCUUCCUGAGACCCUGACAUUCGACAUGCCAAUUGAUAGUCUACCAUCAGAAGGAUUGCUUACAUACGAUCCCAAUCAUCCUUCUUUGCGAGUGAAAGAUGCUCCUCCGGUAGAAGGUGUCUGGCUACCCGUUUCAGAAUACGUCCGAGCUCUAAAUGGGAUAUUACGGCACGAAACUAAUUGGGAAUUGGUCUCCUAUGUUCUCUGUUUCUUACCUCUACAGCUUAGCAACAAGCUUUUCUUCAGAGGUGGAAGAGCUACUCGGGAAGUCAAAGCUUUACUGAAAGCUUUGAUCGACCUAAUACCUCAAGACGAUCGUAUAGAACGUCGAUGCAAGUAUCAUCAGUUCAUCAAAAGGCCGAACGUCAAUGCGGCGGUAUAUCAAUCUCUAUCAAUCCUGAUCGCCUACAGAGACGUACUAGAACCACACGAAUGUGACGCUUUGAUAGGAGCGUUCGAGGCAUGUCUGGAAUCAAACUCGGUCGUUGCUAAACCGUGUAUUCAAGCUUUAACAUUAUCGAUCUUCGAGUUAGAACAGCAUCUCGGUAAACGGUUGUUGUCGAUCAUCGGUAAAUUAAGGGAUAUCAACUUUACAUCUGGAAUUGCGGUACACCUUUUAGAAUUCUUGCUAGCAUUGGGAGAGAACAAGAACCUGUUCAAGAACUUCACUGACUCACACUACAAGGAUGUCUUCACAUUGGUAAUCGACUAUAUCGCUGAACAUAAUGCUCGAUCAGACCAAUCUCCCGAUCUGGAAAAUUCCGGUGCUAGAGAAUUGUACACCUUAUCUCAGCAUGUCAUCGGUCUGGCCUAUCAUUCCAUAUACGUCUGGUUCAUCUCCUUGAAACUUUCUCUGCGGCCCGAUCUUGUAAAGCAUAUCAUUAUCAAGCUGCUACAAUCUCGAUCGAAGAGAGUCGCGGUAGACGAGAUGGCCGAAGUAUGUUUAGAUUGGUUAGCCAGAUAUACAUACGGAAACGCUGAUCCCAAGCCUGCCAACUCGUUCUUAUCGGAGAUGGUGAUGGGUACUAAGGAACAGGACAAAACUCAGUCUUGGCUAUUGGGUGGAUGUAUCAUCACCAUCACCUCACACCCCCGAACAGGUUGGGCAAGCAUAACAUCAACCAGGCCUACAGGUGCUACGGAAGUGAUAGCCAAAUUGGAGAAUGUCCCUUUGUUGAACUUAGGUGAAUCAAAUGCGGACCUAGUCAGUCUGCCGGCGGUUUUGAUGGCUAAUAGGGAGGUGAUAAUGGAUGAUCAAGCGAAAGCUGAGGCAAGCGAGAUCGUCAAGCAAGAAUCGACGGCGCCUCAAGAAGAAUUUGAUCAAUCGUCUCAACAUGGGUAUAUCUGGUCGGGAGCGACACCGUCCCAGCGGCGUAAAGAUGUCUCAAUCGAUCCUGCUUAUCUAGCCGUAGAACUCCUCUCUUCGUACCCUAACGCCAACCUUGAAACCCCUCGAGGACGGCUGAUUCCUAAAGAAGAAAAAUUCCAAAGAGCUCUGAGGACUAUCGAUAUGACACCUGUCAUCGACACUGCCAAGCUUGGUGUGCUGUAUGUGGGACGAGGUCAGACCACCGAAAGUGAGAUUUUGGGUAAUAUCGAUGGAUCAUCACUAUAUUUGGAUUUCCUAAGUGGAUUAGGAAGGUUGAUCCGAUUGAAAGGUCAAGUUGACGUGUUUGUCGGUGGACUCAACAGAGAAGAUGAUUCAGAUGGUGAAUACGCUUAUGCCUGGUGGGAUGACUUGACUCAAACGAUAUUUCACACUACUACCAUGAUGCCUAAUUCACCUAAUGAUCCAACGUUCUCAAGAAAGAAAAGAUUGAUAGGCAAUGAUUAUGUUAAGAUCAUUUAUAAUGAUUCUGGUAAAGAUUUCAAAUUCGAUACAAUCUCUACCGCGUUCAACUUUAUCAACAUCGUCAUUUCACCACACACUACACCUGAAUCUCAUGGACCUCAACCCCAGACUGAAGUUUUACCUACGGAUCCAUGGGCGGUAUGGGGUCGAGAUGAUUAUUUUAAAGUUAUCAUUCAACGAGCUAAAGGUAUACCUGAUUUCUCACCCGUGGGCGAACAUAAGAUUGUCUCGAAAGAGAAUUUACCGGUAUUCAUCAGACAUAUAGCUCAUCUAUCGAAUGAUCUGGCGGCGAGAUAUACUCAUAUCAAAGAUGCAAAAACGCCAGAACAGGCUGAGUAUAUUACGAGUUGGAGAAGUAGAUUGAGGGCUAUGAAUAGGUUGAGAGCGAGUCUCCCGCCAGUAGAGAAAGUCGAUCCUAACGAUGACGCCAAGCGAGAAGAGAUGUUGAGGGAGUAA